CUUCCUCUUGUUGGCCACGAAACAACAAUUCCCACCAAACACACAUAAACCUUAAAGACUCCAAAACCCACAAACCAACACAACCAACAGAACACCAAAAUGCCCUCAAUUUCUUCACUUCUCCCGCUUUCUCUGUUCCUCUCUUCCCUCCUCAUUCUCAACACACUAGCCCUCAAUUCCCUCCACGAAUCUCAACCUCUCCAAUCCUCCAGAAGAUCCAGAGGCCGCACCAAAUCACCCAAAUCUCCACUGCUUCCGCCGCCGCCGUCUCCAUCACUAACCUCACCACCGCCACCUCCUUCACCCGCCGGCAGAAACCCCCAAAUCAACCUCCUCACCUUCGCCGACGCAAGGCUCGCCACCGUCUACCCAGUAAUCCAAAAAUUCAAAUCCACAAUUACCUCGGACCCACUCAACAUCACAGCCUCAUGGGUCGGCUCCGACAUCUGCACCUACCGCGGGUUCUUCUGCGACAGCCCGCCCGACAACGCCUCGGCCACCGCCGUCGCGUCGAUCGACUUCAACGGCUUCGGCCUCUCCGCGCCUUCCCUCGACGGAUUCCUCGACCGGCUCCCCGACAUCGCCUUGUUCCACGCCAACUCCAAUUCCUUCGCCGGCACGAUCUCCUCUGCUGUCGCCGCCCUGCCUUACCUCUACGAGCUCGACAUCAGCAACAACCUCUUCACCGGCCCGUUCCCGACUGCCGUCCUCGGGAUGACCGGGCUCACCUUCCUCGACAUCCGGUUCAAUUCCUUCUCCGGCGCAGUCCCGCCCCAAAUCUUCGUCCAAAACCUAGAAGCUCUGUUUCUCAACGACAACCAGUUUAUGACUAAUUUGCCACCCAAUCUGGCCAACACCAGAAUCCUCUACCUCACCCUGGCCAACAACAAGUUCACCGGUUCAAUCCCCGGUUCGAUUUUCAAAGCGUUCGUUUCACUCACCGAAGUUCUCCUCCUCAACAAUCAGCUCACGGGUUGCUUGCCGUACGAGGUCGGGAUGCUCAACGGAGCCGUGGUUUUCGACGUCGGGUCGAACCGUCUGACCGGUCCGAUCCCGUUGUCGUUGAUGUGUUUGGAGAAAGUUGAGCAGCUGAACCUGGGCGGGAAUCAGUUUUACGGGAUCUUGCCAGAUUUGCUGUGCAGCGGGCUCGCGGGUUUGGGGAAUUUGGUGAAUCUGACAUUGUCGGGGAAUUAUUUUACCGGUGUGGGGAGGUUGUGUAUGGAUUUGAUCAUGAAUGGAGUUCUUGAUUUGACGGGGAAUUGUAUCCCUGGGUUUCCGUUUCAGAGACCGGUUCAAGAAUGCGCUGAGUUCUUUGCGAAGCCACGGAUGCUCUGCCCGAGACCUUGGUCGUAUACUUAUGUUCCUUGUACGCCUUUCUCUGGUUUGAUUCAUGGAUUGGCUCCCACGCCAUGAGAGUUGUGUUUCGUUUUGUGCUACAGAAAAUUCUGAGAUUUGUGGAAGUGUAAACAGUGGGUUUAUUGUCUGCACAAAGAAUAACAAUUCAAACAUGUUCAUAGAUUCGAUUAGCAUUGCAUUCUGCUAGCAUUGCUCGGAAAUGAAAUGUGAAACAUGCAAUACUCUUAUGCAAAACAAGGAUUAGGUCUAGUAUAAUGCCAUUCGCCUUAAUUCUAGCUAUAUAUUACUGCAGGUUGAGUAUCUUAAAUAGCAUCGAUAAAAGAUAAAUCUAUAUCGCCUUUAUAAUAAAGGCAUGCAAUAUCCUUACACUAAAUUUUUUAACAAGAGACCAAUGAACUUACGGAUAUGGAAUAAUGUGGUAGUAUAUGCUUGGAAGAUCUAUUUCUGAAUCUCUCUUAACAACUCAAAUUUAUUGAAAGCAAUUGAUUAAUAAUGUGGUUAGUGAAGGUCUUUUUUUCGAACCCAGAUGACCCAAUUUGUUAAGCACAUGGUUUCUAAUUCCUGUGCAAACUUCAAUAUCAUAUGAGUAGGUUUUCGUUAUAUGAGUAUACUUUAGUUUGAGUGAGCGUGUUAGUAAAAUGGUAUAUGAUCCAUCAUUAGGCAUGCUCCGACAACUAGAAUUAUUGAAAUUUGGAACCAAUUAAUAUAUAACCAUGUCCACCACACAAAAUAUUAAUACUGCAAACAACGAAUCCACCUUACAAUCAUACAAUUAAACACUUAGAAAACCAAUCCACUCCGGAUUCUGAAUCAUUCAUCCAUCUCAAUUUUUCAACUGAACAUAACUGUUAACAUCUGAAGUAAAAGUUUGAGCCAGUGAAAGAAGAACCCAACAACCCCACAAGACAUAUCAUAUGAUGGAGUUCCAUAUCCAGCACGAGGGGAAGCCAAAGUGCUCCAAUAGAGGAAAAAAGACUUGUUUAAGUGAGCACUGUACGUUGUGGAAAGUUCGGCGAGCGAUGAUUAACAAUUGCACAGCCUUGUCACUCACCACUUCCCACGCCCGACGCCCUCUCAAUGAGAACUGCUGAUGCUCGCUCAUAAAGCGAACUCGGCUUGGAUAGUGCGCAUUGCCGAUCUGUUUCUUGUUUGAUCGAUUCGUUUGUCUAACCUUAACUAUAAUUUGGGCUUCUGAUCACCGGUUUCUUCUGCAAAGCACUACAUUUACGUGGUUUAAUAAAUGUGUUUUGAGCCAUUACCAACCUCCCUCUAUCGUGCAGCUAGGCCAGCCAUGCAAAUUUUGUCGACACCCUCAAUUUCUUCAAUCUUCUAUAUCGUGUUUUGAGCCUUUACCUGCCUCCAACCUUAUUGGCCACUUUUAGCUGCCUUUUCUCUUCUUUACAAAACAUUACUUACCUGCCGCCAACAAUAUUGUCGUCGUCGCAAAUUAGCGGGGACAAAAGCUUGUCAUCUUUAAUUUGCAUUAAAUAGGCUUUACAGCU